AUGGAGAAGCUGAACGGAAAUUUCUUCCUGUACUCGGCCGUGUGUCUGAACCUGAUGACGUGGUUCGUAGCCGCCGGAGCAUUCCUGUUCGACUGUUUGGACCUGAACGUGGUCGUUAACAUGAAGUCCUCAUCGCUCAUGUACCGUUGGGGAUUGCAGAAGAAGGCGCUGAUCACCUACAACUCGAUCGACCUCGUCAUCGCUGCGUUGGUGGUCGUCUUGUGCAUGCUGAUCCUCCGCGAGAUCUACCGAGAGGCCAGCUGUUACUUUCCGAACCUCCGGGAACUGAGGAGUUGCACAGCAGUGUUCUGCGGCAUCGCUUUGGUGCUGAUCAGCACUUCGAAGAAGCUGCUGUGGGGCAUGGAGUAUUCGUGGAUGCGUAACCUCGGACCCUCGGCCCGUUACGUAUUCUUGAACUACACAAUGGACGAACCGGUGUGGAACAUGAUCUAUCUCCUGACCGGUGUUCUCGUUGCCGUUGUCGGUUGCCGAGGCACGCCCGUACUAGCGUACUGUAGUGUUGCGCUGACGUCCGUUACGUUCUACCCAAUUAUACAGUACUUGUGGAUCGAUUACCGAUGGAUGUUGACCAUGCAACUAGCGGAGAGGAGUCCGAGCUUGCCCAAACCGACCACUUUGCUGAUCGGCAACAUAACCGUCAGUAUGGUACACGUGUUGGUCACGUUUUCGAGUUUAGUCGUUCUGACCCGAUCUCUUUCAGACUGUGCGGUGCUCAUCAAGGUGCCAUAUGUUAAACUGACCUCCAAGCUGAGAACGAGCGUUUACGUGCUGGCUGUCAGCCUGAUAAUCAUAGGUGCCAUCUUUCUGGUCAGCGACGUGUGCAACAUGAUCGCCGGCACCUUCUACCGUGUACUGUACAACCCGACCGCCUACGUCUACCUGACGUACAACGAGUACUUCGGCUCAGACAUGUGCCAGUUGUUCGCCUUCAGCAACAGGACGAUGUGCACGAAGCGUGUGGAACAGAUCGGAAGCGCCUGCCACUUCCUGGAGGCUUUUCUUGCCCAGAUCGCCACAGUGCUCUCGUUGUGCGGCGUAUUUCUGUACGCCCGUGUUUGCGGUCUGUACCAGAUGCCGAACUUUAGCGACCUGCGGCUCAGUGCCAGCAGUGCAGCCACCAGGACGACGUGCCACAAAAUUCUGAAACCGUUGUACGCGGUACAGAUGGCCAUCGGUCUGGCUACGUGCGUCGUAUCGCUGUCCGCCGAGGAAAAUUUCCUCAUGCAUCCUCUGUUGGUGACUCACAACGUCAUCUAUCGCACGACCAGUGCGAUGGUACUCGUCAUAUUUCCGGUCGUUCAGCUGGCGUUGUCGAAUGAUCUGGAGAAGUAUCCGAUGAAACUGAUCGCAGUUGUGGCCAUCUCCAUAGAACGCAUGACCCAUAUUCUCACCCAACUCGACUAUCGAAAUCUCACUCACUUGGAGAUCGCGUGGACGGUGAUGACCAUCGCCGAACUGAUCACCCUGUUGCUGCAAUUCGCACUGAUGAACGUCGCAGCAGUGCUGUUCGAGCUGGGCCAAACCUGCUCGACCGCGAGUUCAAAAACAAUUACGCCGAACGUUUCGAACGCUACGGUGGUCGUUCAGAAAAGAAUUAUUACCGACACGUACAAGAUAUCAAUCGUACAUCACACGAGCCGCAUGAUGUUGCCAUUUUUUACCUCAGUCGAUUACUAGUC